AUGGACAAACUAUACAUUUGGAUGUGGCUCGGACUCUUCGUCCCCUUCCUCAGAGUGAGAGAGAGAAACCCUAAGAGAGAGAGAGAGAGAGAGAGAGAGAGAGAGGAGUUUAGGGCAUCAAUGGCGGAGGGGGAGGUGGGGACGGAGUUGGAGGAGGCGCAGUUCGCGGCGGGGUGCUUCUGGGGGGUGGAGCUCGCGUUCCAGAGGGUGGAGGGGGUGGUGAGAACGGAGGUGGGGUACUCGCAGGGCCACCUCCCCAAUCCCACCUAUGGCGACGUGUGCCGCGGCGACACCGGCCACGCCGAGGUCGUCCGCGUCGUCUACGACCCUAGGGUUUGCCCCUACCAAUCCCUCCUCCGCGUCUUCUGGGCUCGCCACAACCCCACCACCCUCAAUCGCCAGGGAAACGACGUCGGCACUCAGUAUCGGUCGGGGAUCUACUACUACACUGAGGAGCAAGCCAAGCUCGCUCGCGAGUCGAUGGAAGCGAAGCAGCAGGAGUUCAAAGAGAAGAUCAUGACGGAGAUUCUCCCAGCCAAGGAGUUCUACCGAGCCGAAGAAUACCACCAGCAGUACCUCGAGAAGGGCGGCGGAAGAGGAGACAAGCAAUCUGCAGAGAAAGGAUGCAAUGACCCCAUCAGAUGCUAUGGUUGAUUCACUAUUUUUGCAUCAGUAGUGGUUUUAAGUUAUGUUGUUUCUCUUAUGCAUUAUAUAUUAUGCAUAAUAUAUAUGUGGUUGAUUUGAUACUCCUAAAUCUCAGCAAAAUAAGCAUGUUAUUGUUGGUAAAAUUGCUAAAUAUUAUACAAAAUGGUUGUUUGUGAUGUUUGUGGGUA